AUGAAUCAUUCAGAAGGGGCACAAUCUCCACCUUAUUUUGGUAUGUAUCCACUACCCUAUUGGCCAACGAGCUCACAAUUCCUCUUAAUGAUGAACUUCCAAAAUCCGAUGAUGAGUCCAAUCCAUAAUUUAGGAUCUCCAAUUUUAACUUCCCACUUAAAUUUCACUUAGCCAACAAUCAAUUAUGAUAUCAAAUACGAACAAAAUUCACAGAAUAAAGAAUCCACAUAAACUAAACAACCAUAAUAAUAUACCAGCCAAAUUUAAAUCAUUUCUGAGCAAUUGGAUGACAUGAAUUACGAUCAAAUUACAGUAGAAAAUCUUGAGGCCUUAAUUCAUCUGUUGUUUGCAGAAGAGCCCAAAUUAAAAAAGAUCUAAUAAUAACUCAAAGAGAAAAGAUGUCUUAAGGUUGUCAAGAUUCUGGACACCCUGGCCAAAAAGAUAAGAACCCAAUAGAAAAAUCGAGAAGAAUUAAUCAAAUUUUGUCUGAGAAAGGCUUUCAGAGAGAUUUUCCAUCAAAUUUAAGAAAAAUGUACUAAAAAAAAACUCAAUCUGAAGGCUGCAUCCAAAAUAUUUUAGUAAACCUAUUAAGCUGAAAAGAUGAAAUCCAUAGCAUUGCCAUUUAGAAAAAAUAGUAAAAAUAAGACAAUGAAUAAUCAUUUCCUCCAUGAACUAUUCUAAUCAAAGCAAUUCUAGGAUUAAUAUAAAAUAUUUCUUGACAAUCUAGACACCAUCAUAGAGAAUGACAAAAAUAAAAAAAUUAAAGCAAUAGCUGAAAAAUCAUGGGAAUUCAUCUAAUCUAACAGAAAAUCAUACACCUUCAAAAGGUUGCCAUGGUCUUUGAAAAACUUAGAAAAAUUGAAAGAAACAGCAAAUGAAAUGCUAAAUUACUGUGAUGAUUAAAAAUUUAUUUGA